AUAUUUGUCAGAUUUUCGGCCCUUGCUUUCAAAAUUGUGCACACUUGUUAUAAAGCCACACAUAUAUAUUGCCCAAUUGUACCAACGUUCGUCGACGCAACAGCUCCGACAAUUAUCGCACACUGUUGCAAAAUCACGGACUAUCGAUAUAUCGAUAUGACAUCAAUUUCCUCCAUCUAUAGCUCAGAGCUGGACAGAAGCACGAACAUGGGCAACAAACAAAUAAAACAACAUCUGGAGACUGCACAAAAGACGGGUGUGCUGAAAAUAUCCUUGCAACGCCUGCAGGAGUUCCCGCCGCAGCUAAAGAACUAUCCGAAUGUGCUGAAGACGCUCGAUCUAUCGGAGAAUCGCUUCGAGACGGUGCCCGAUGAACUGGGACGCCUGACAAUGCUGAAACAUCUGAACCUGAGCGGCAAUCGCCUGUCGGAGCUGAACGAGGUCGUGGGGGAGCUGCUCAAGCUGGAGGUUCUGCUACUGAUGAACAAUUUUCUGACCAAGCUGCCCAAGACGCUGAGCAAUUGCACGCACCUGAAAACGGUGAAUCUGAGCAAUAAUCAGCUCAAGGUAUUCCCAUCGAUGCUCUGCGGCCUGAAGCAGCUGGAUGUCUUGGAUUUGUCGCGCAACCAGAUCACCGAAGUGCCCGCCGAGGUGGGCAAUCUAUAUGUAACCGAACUGAACCUCAAUCAGAACCAAAUCUCUGCGCUAGCCGAGGAAAUCGCCGACUGUCCCAAGCUAAAGACCCUGCGGCUCGAGGAGAACUGUUUGCAGGCGAUCGCAUUAACGCCGCGCAUACUCAAGAGCUCCAAGAUCUGUAAUCUGGCCGUCGAUGGGAAUCUGUUCAAUUCGAAACAGUUCACCGAUCUGGAUGGCUACGAUGUCUACAUGGAGCGCUACACGGCAGUCAAAAAAAAGAUGUUCUAAAUGUUAUUUAUGUGUCUACUUCUUCUUUCCAUACACCAUAUUAUAUUAUUUAAUUUAUUAGCUUAAUUCUAUGCUUUCUGUGCAGUUGUUGCCCAUUC